GCGGGUGGAAUAGUAGGGAUCCGUCAGUCCUCCUCAGUCCGGAGUCCAGGAGCAGAACGGAACCGUCUGAGCCAUCAAGUUGCUGCUAUACUUUCCUCCCACAGAGGACUUUGGUGGAUUCAACAGUGGGAUUUGUAGUUUUUAUUUUCACCAUCUGAACCAGGUGACCAAACUGUGUGUUGCAUGUAAACAAACGCAGAGUGAGAGUCUCCCCCCCACCCGACGCUUUGAGGGACUUUAACCGACCCGGGUUCACCUGAGCGCGUGUCUGUCUCUCGUCUCUAACCGGACUCUGAGGAGGAGAGGGUUCAGGCUUUACGGUGCCGGGUCUCAUCCCAUCAUGGGACACGGCAGCUGUCACCUGGCGCGAGGAUGAGCCACAGAAGCAGCCCGGCGCGGGCGUACGACUUCCUGCUCAAGUUCCUGCUGGUGGGAGACAGCGACGUGGGGAAGGGCGAGAUCCUGGCGAGCCUGCAGGACGGAGCCACCGAGUCCCCGUACGGAUACAACAUGGGGAUCGACUAUAAGACGACCACCAUCCUCCUGGACGGGAGGAGAGUCAAGCUGCAGCUCUGGGACACGUCUGGCCAGGGACGAUUCUGUACAAUCUUCAGGUCCUAUUCCAGAGGAGCACAGGGAGUUAUUCUGGUGUAUGACAUCACAAACCGCUGGUCCUUCGAUGGAAUCGAUCGGUGGAUCAAAGAAAUAGACGAGCAUGCCCCUGGGGUGCCAAAGAUCCUCGUCGGGAAUCGCCUUCACCUGGCCUACAAGCGUCAGGUGACCACGGAGCAGGCGCAGGUGUACGCGGAGAAGCUGGGCGUCACCUUCUUCGAGGUCAGUCCGCUGUGUAACUUCAACAUCACAGAGUCGUUCACAGAACUCGCUCGCAUCGUCCUGAUGAGACACGGCAUGGAGCGACUGUGGAGACCCAACAAAGGUGAGCAAACAAAUCCAUGUGUUAAAUAAUUCAAUUAUUUUACCAAAUAAAAAUAAUAAUAUACACUGUAAACUGUAAAGGUCCUGAAUUUGAAGAGUAAAAGUGUAAUCAAGAAAA